GGAUCCAGCUGUAAGUACUCAGUCACUCCGUCUCUCAUGCUGUCCUCCGACAUGCCACAGUAUUGAAUUUAAACAUUUGUUACUAUGAACUAUUACUUUGAGCGGUUAACUAUUUUGUUCAAUGUCUUCUCUCUUGUAAAUGUAUUUUUUUUUUAUGACUACAUGGUAACCGUCGCAUGUCACACUGCCGGCUGGUGUUGCGCUUCCUGAAACAGCGCUGCUAUGACAUUUGGAGAUCUAGGCUACAGUCCCGAAAUCAAUCUGCACUUGUCUUGUUUCAAAGUUUCCUAUCUGUAGUUGAACUUUUUCCUACAUUUAUAAAAUAAUUAGUAAAUUAUUUAUUUCUGUAGCCAGUGAGCGAAUGAAAAUAGUCAGGCGCGCCUUGUAGUUGUUUCUACAGAACUCCCCAGAAUACAUUCUGUAUCCGGACAGCUGGAGUUUAUUAAUACACCCCCUUACCCUUUCAGCACGCUGCAUUGCGCGCUCAGCAUGGAGCAAGAAAUCGCACCUAUAAUAUAUUUCUGGACGCAUUAAGAGGAGCAGUAGUGUCAACGAAUCACUGCACAGAGUUGAGAAGGUACUGCACCUCUCCCACCACCAUCCUGAGUCGCACACCUGAACACCCACCAGACCACCUGAACACCUGAACAGCCACCACACCACCUGAACACCUGAACAGCCACCACACCACCUGAAUACCUGAACAGCCACCACACCACCUGAACACCUGAACAGCCACCACACCACCUGAACAGCCACCACACCACCUGAACAGCUGAACAGCACCAUGGGAGAGUGCCACCAGGCCAAGUUUGACCCAAAGACCUACUUCAACUACUGCUACCAGUUUGCUGCUGUCCCGGGCCAGAAAGACAACAGCCGCUUCGUCUCCUUCGUCCUGUGUCAGCUCAGCAAGACCUUCUCAACAGGGAAGUACAGGGGCCAGAGGCUGAUAGAGGUGGGUACAGGGCCGACCAUCCACACGCUGAUCAGUGCCUGUGAGUACUAUGAUGAGAUCGUGGUAUCGGACUACGUGGACAGCAACAGGAAGGAGAUUGAGAAGUGGCUGAAAGCCGAGGAGGGAUGUUUAGACUGGAACGCUCACCUCCAGUAUGUCUGUGAUCUGGAGAGGAAAAGAACCCCAGCGAUCAUCUCAGACACUCUCCGUCAGAGGGUUAAACAGGUUCUAAAGUGCGACAUCUGCUUGGAGAACCCGUUCCACCCUGUCACAGUUCCUCCUGCGGACUGUGUCCUCUCCUCGCUGUGCCUGGAAGCGGCGUGUAAGGACCGCGAGUCCUACCGCCGCUCGCUGUCCUCCAUGGUGGACCUACUGAGGUCUGGAGGGGUCCUGGUCCUGAUCGGGGACCUGGAUGAGACCUUCUACACGGUGGGAGAGCAGAGGUUCGACUGUGUCAACCUGAGCGAGGAGUUCAUCACCGAGACGCUGUCGAAGCUGGGACUGUCUGUGGAGGAGUUCACUCUGCAGCAGGCUGAGGACCGGGACAGCAACCACAAGUGUGACUACGCCGCCUCCUUCCAUCUGAUUGCCAUCAAACACUGAUCAGCUCUAGUAUGUUUAUGUAAGACACUAUGUAACACUCUGUGGUUGUGUUAUGGGUUAUUAUACACUAUAAAAAGAGGGGUUGGCGGGUGGUGGGACACAAUGGUUGGUCGGCCCAAUUGAGGUAGUAUGUACAUGAAUGUAUAGUUAAAGUGACUAUGCAUAUAUGAUAAACUGAGUAGCAGCAGCGUAAAAGAGGGGUUGGCGGGUGGUGGGACACAAUGCAGAUAGUCUGGGUAGCCAUUUGAUUACCUGUUCAGGAGUCUUAUGGCUUGGGGGUCAUACAAGCAAGAGCAGUGUCUGGGUUUUCCCUAUAUACAGUAGAGCUUGGGGGUAAUACAAGCAAGAGCAGUGUCUGGGUUUUCCCUAUAUACAGUAGAGCUUGGGGGUAAUACAAGCAAGAGCAGUGUCUGGGUUUUCCCUAUAUACAGUAGAGCUUGGGGGUCAUACAAGCAAGAGCAGUGUCUGGGUCAUGUCAAUCAGGCCUUUUGAGUUGAACAUAUGUAUUAGGUUUAGGUUUGUAGCCUAGGAUACCAUUUAAAUUAUUUAAAUUAAUGGAUCAUGCCUUAGCGGUCAUUCUCAAUGAUCAGUGCUUUACUUUCUUUUGUUGCUAUCAAGCAGCUUCUGAAUUUGCAAUGAACCGUUUUUAUAGCCUUUUGAGGUGAACAUUUGAAAAGUGUGUAUUAUAUAUGUUGUUGCUUUGGUCUCACUAAUAAAUAUGUUGAAAUGGAA